ACUGCCAUGGGUCGCAAGAAGAAGAAGGGUCUGGGCGGCCGUGAGGGGCGGCUGGUGGUGACUUUCGAUGAGGAGAGGCGGAGGGAGUACCUGACCGGCUUCCACAAGCGGAAGGUGGAGCGGAGGAACGCGGCGCUGGAGGAGAUCAAGCGGAAGCUGAAGGAGGAGCAGAGGAAGAUGAAGGAGGAGCGGCACCAGGAGUACCUGAAGAUGCUGAGCGAGAGGGAGGAGGCGCUCGAUGAGGCUGAUGAACUGGAGCACUUGGUGACGUCGCAGACAGAGUCUGUGAACAUCGACCACCCAAAUCACAUUGUAACAGUGACAACCAUCAGUGACCUGGACCUCUCGGGGGCGCGCCAGCUGGGACUGACCAUGCCUCAAGGGGGAAAAAGUGAUGGAUCAGAAGAAGAGAAAGGGGAAGAGGUGGUGAACAAGCCUGUAAGAACAAUGCCCAAGAAGUCCAGAAACCCCUUCCUGUCUGAAAAGAUCUCUUCUCUUACUGCUACACUGCACAUGCACAGCCGGAAAAAGACGAAAGGAAAGCGACCCCAACGUGGGCAAGGCCCACGCAAGAAAACGCAGAAAUCCAUCACAGGGCGAACCACUAAGACUCAGCGACGGAGGCUGACGGGCAAAAUGGGCCGCGACCAAGAUUAAUGGAGAAACUAGUGCUUGGACCAGCAGCUGGGACAGCACUCCACAUCUGGCCUGCCGUUCUUUGGGGCUCCUUCAUUGUGAGCAAGGGCCUUGUUUACUUGGCUCUUUGACCAGCAGUGAGCCCAGUUCAGCCUUCUCUCACCUCCUGAGCACUGGCCAGGAUCACUAGACGCUCUACCGAUUUAUUUCUGCAGUGAUCUUCAGCUAAGUGUCUGGGUGCCAUGGUCUCUAAAAAUAACUGCUGGGGGUCAGUUUCUCUAUUUGGCAUAACCCUUCUAUCCUUGGGCCUCCCCUUCCCGAGCUGAUACUUGGCUUUAUCAAAGGAGAGGAUCUGGGGCUGAGUGCAACACACACAUUGUCAGGGCAAUUUAUGCAACUAGGAAGAGCUCUGCUUCCACUCAUGCAUCAGUGCCCAGGCAUUUCUGCUGUGCAGUAAAUCCUUUGUCCAUGGAGACAUGGUGUCAUCUUGUCUCAUGUGUUUCUUCUCCAGUGCCACACCUGAAUGCAGGGUUACUUUUUGUUUGGUACCUUUGCCAGGUGAAAGUUGGUAACUUUGAAUAAAUCUUUAUGAAGUUAUUUUGCUAAGAGAAAAAUAUUUGGGACUUGCUUGAAGCAUAACAGCAACUGUGCUAACACCAGUACCAGCUGGAAAGAGGGGAGAUGAU